AUGCUGGACAGUUUCCUGAUCUUCGUGGACUUGGACGGCAACGGCUGCAUCAGCGAGUCCGAGCUGCAGUUCGCCGUGACGUUCAUGAACUUCGAGAACCCGCCCACGAAGGAGGACGUGGCCUCGCUCUUCGGCCUGCUGCAGGUGCCGAACGCGCUCGACGGCCUGCAGGGCGACGUGCCGAUCCAGAUGCUGCGCAUGGCCCUGAUCGCCGUGGGCAUCCAGAUGAGCGAGCGCAACCAGGCAGCGAACUGUUUUGCGAAGGACUUCAGCAAGCUGUCGCGGGCGGAGUGCAACGCCAGCAUCUUCCUGAAGGGCAUGUGGCAGGCGUUCCGCUUCUUCAAGAAGUCGCCCGAGGAGGUCUUCCGGGAGUUCGCGGCGGAGCGCCCGGCCUCUCCCUCGGGGGCCAUCUCCAGCGCGGACCUGUCCAAGCAGGCGCUGCACCUGCUGAAGAUGCUGCCCUUCCCGAGCCCGGCGCUGUCCGUCGAGAACCCGCUGGAGCUCCUCGACCCGACGGGCAAAGGGAUCACGUGCGAGCAGUUCUGCCUGUACUGCCGCCAGGUCAGGGAGGCGGCCGAGCUCCGCAUGAUUGCCGACAAGGACAAGCACCCCAUCCUGUUGUCGCAGAGCACCAAGCCGGCCGUGCGGGACCUGUCGCGCAUCUUCGGCCCCCGCGCGUUCGUGGAGUGCGUCGUGAAGAUGGCCUUGGUCAAGCUCACCUUCCACGGCACAGCCAUGCAGGCAGAUCUCACCUCCCUGGUGAAGGUCACCUGGCUGAUCAUGUACCUGCGGUGGCAG